AUGCCAAAAGAAUGCAAAAUUUGUUGUAAUGACUUGCCCGUUACCGAAUUUAUGAGCUCCACUACCAAGUGUGGCCAUAAAAACAUAUGCCGGGCUUGUCUCAACAAAACUAUUAAUUACCAAUUGAAUACAAAAGGUAAUGUUGAAAUUGAAUGUUUAGAGACGAAUUGCAAGGUCUUGAUGGAAUAUGAAGACAUGAAGCGAGUUGCCAGUAAUGAUUUGUUUGAAAGAUAUGACCAUCUUUGUUUCCGGCAAGCUAUACGACGAAUGCCAGAUUUUCGAUGGUGCAAAAAUCCGAAUUGCGGAUCGGGGCAAGAGCAUUUUGAACGAGACGAUGCUCCGAUAAUGAUUUGUGUCGCGUGUGAAAAACUGACUUGCUAUACACACGAUGUUCCGUGGCAUGAAGGUCGAACGUGUUCGCAAUACGAUAUUGAGAGACAGACUACCGAAGGCGCCACGCGUGAUACUAUCGAUCGCGAGACCAAACCUUGUCCCAAAUGUCAUAUUAGAAUUUAUAAAUCGGGUGAGAAGAGUGUUCUUGAUCUACGUUAA